AUGGAUAGUAAGAGAGCAAUAGGUAUCGACUUGGGUACAGCAUAUUCAUGUGUUGCUGUAUUUCAGCAUGAUAAGGUUGAAGUAAUACCUAAUGAACUGAUUGAGCGAACAACACCAUCGUAUGUGACAUUUACAAAAUAUCGACGUUUAGUUGGUAGUGACGCUAAAUAUCAAGCAGAUGCUAAUCCAAAUGGCACUAUUUUUAAUGUUAAACGACUUAUUGGUCGUAAAUAUGAGGAUGCAGUUGUGCAAAAUAAUUUAAAACAUUGGGCAUUUCAAGUAGUCGAUGAUCUUGGGAAACCAAAAAUUAUAACUGAAUAUAAGGAUCAACUGAAGUUAAUAAUACCUGAAGAAGUUUCUGCAUUGAUAUUGAGAAAAAUGAAACAAAUAGCCGAAGAUCAUCUUGGUGAACCAGUUACUGACGCUGUUAUCACUGUUCCAGCUGCUUUCAACGAUUCACAACGUCAAGCAACAAAAGAUGCUGCUGUUAUUGCUGGUUUAAAUGUAUUGCGUAUUCUCAGUGAACCAGUAGCUGCUGCGAUGGCUUAUGGUUUACAUAAUCAAAUAUCUGGUGAAAGACGGAUCUUAAUUUUUGAUUUGGGUGGUGGUACUACUAAUGUAUCAGUUGUAAUAAUCGAGGAAGGAAUCUUUGAAGUGAAAUCAACAUCGGGUGAUGUGCAAAUCGGAGGUGAAGAUUUUGAUAUUCGAAUGGUUACAUAUUUUAUCGAAGAAUUUAAACGUAAACAUAAUAAAGAUCCAUCAAAAAAUAAACAUGCUAAGCAACGGUUACGUUCUGCCUGUGAACAAGCUAAAAAAACUUUAUCUUCAUCAACUCAAGCGUCUAUUAACAUUGACUUAUUCCAUGAAAAUAUUGAUUUCAAAUCAACAAUAACUCGUACCCAAUUUGAAGAAAUUAAUGAUGAUCUAUUUGUUUCUAUGCGUACAAUUAUCGAAACGGCUUUACGCGAUGCUAAAAUGGACAAAUCAAGUAUAGAUGAUAUUGUGCUCAUUGGUGGUUCAUCACGUAUUCCAAAAAUACGAGACCUUAUACGAGAGUUUUUUAAUGGUAAACUACUAAAUCAAUCAAUUAAUCCAGAUGAAGCUGUUGCUUAUGGUGCUGCUAUUCAAGCAGCUAUAUUAACAGGCAAUAAAUCUGAACAACUCAAAGAUACUUUUUUAUUUGAUAUUGCUCCAUAUUCAUUAGGUAUUGAAACUAAGGGUGGUCAAAUAACAACAAUAAUUGAGCGAAAUACGACAAUUCCAACAAAACAGACUAGAACAUUCGAAGUUUCUCCAUCUUAUCAAUCUGAUAAGAUUGUAACAGAAUUAAUCGAACACGAUGAGCGACAACCAAAAAUACCAAUUACACCAUUUUUAAAUAAAAAAUGUGAUGUUGAUAUCAAAGUAUUUGAAGGUCAAGAUGGGCUAGCAAUAAACAAUAAUUUACUUGGUUGUUUCACUCUCUCGGAUAUUUUAUUUUCAUCUGACGUGGCUCCGCAAAUUGAAAUAACAUUCGAUAUUGAUGCAAAUGGGAUAUUGAAUGUUUCAGCUAUAGACAAGACUUCACAAAAAGAAAAUAAGAUGAGAGUUACAAAUGAUAAAGGUCGAUUAUCAGAAUCGGAUAUUGAAAGUCUGAUUAAAAAGUUGGAAAGAUAUGAUCUCGAAAACAAUUAG